GCGGGACUCACUACCUCUCGUCCAAUGACACUCUGGGCUCACCAAGUCACUAGUCACCACGAGUGACGACGAGUGCCGUCGACGUGGAGCAGAGGAGCGUGGAAGGCGAGCAUGCUGGCGAUCGGGGGGGUGUCGCCCCCACCAGGCCACCACGUUCCCUUCGCUCCUCUCAUCGCCUUCCACCACCGCCUUCUGCACCGCGCAGCUGUACCUGAAUAUCCUCAAGACACGGGUCACGGGGGAUCGCUAGUGGGGUUAUUCUGGUCGACGAAGCGCUGAAGGUGUUCGGUCAAAUGACGGUAAGGAGCGUCAUCACCUGGAAGGCUGGAAGUAAGUGUCAUCUCUUCGUUCUUGCGGUUUGGUCGCGGCCACGAUGCUGUGUCCUGGUCCAGGGAGCUCCCGAGAAGCGGCGAUGCAUUGUCAGAUCAGAUGGCUCGCUUGUUGCCGUGUUGCCUGCAUUUGGGCUUGGCAAAGCAAGUUCAUGAGAAAAUUGGAACGGGUUCCUUCUCAACAGGUGAAAAUGCACUGUUGAAUUCGUACUGUACUUGAGGUGCUCUAUGUGUGGCAGAGAAGCUGUCGAUGAGUUUAGAGAUGCGAUGCACAAAUAAACUCAUGCUUCCUGUUCACCUACAAUGGCAUUGAAGUAAAAGGGGCAGAAUUCACUUGGUUUGCUUGGAAGGAGCAAAAUGGUCAAUUUCCUGCCAAAAUAACACCCCACUAACAGCACAUGGACGGAAAUGGUGCUGAGGGAAUCUGUUAUUUCAUUUGAUGGCACCAAAGAGAAAUUCAAAAAAAUUCAACGGCAUCGAGAGAAGCGCUAUAAUGUCCAGGGCUGGGCCAUGGCAUGGCUGUUGUAAGGGACAGUGCGUCGGUGCGUGUGGUGCAUUUGUUUAAAGAGCAAGGCACAAUUCCAGCUUUAUCCUUUGGCUCCCACACCAAGCAAAGCAAAGAACCUACGUGCCUUCACACUGUAGUGAAACUGUGAAAGCAGCGAGAGCAGAAUUUAAAGGCAAAGUAAGAAGUGACAUCAGAAGCUCCCUGCAGAUUUGCAUCAAACUACACCAUCGACAGUUAGCAAGUUCCUCAUCCUCCACACUAGGGCGUCUUCGCAAUAUUUCUGCUGUAGCGCUAGCAUUGGGUAGUGGACACGACAUAGCUGCUCCCAAGACAAAAGACACAUAGUGCAACAGAUGGGUGCGGAGACUUCUAAGCCCGAGGUCAUCAAGCCUGAGUUUAAGGGAUUUGAUGCUAAUACUGUUGAAGAGGCUGUGAAAAUAAUAGUUCCUUAUUUAGAGGACACAAGAAUACAAAACCAAGUCAUCUACUUUGAUGGAUGGAAUGGACUUGGUGCAUCUGCUGUCCUUAACUCGAUCGCUGAACACCCUCCUCCGUCUGUUAGAAACAAAUUUCAGAAUAUUAUACACAUUGAUUGCUCAAGAUGGAGAAACCGGAGAACAGUCCAGAGAAUGAUGGCACAGAAACUAAGGCUUCCUCAACAUGUAAUGGCUAUCUUUGAUAAACAUGAUGAAGAUGAUGAUUUAGCUGGUAUAGAUGAAUGCUCUAGGGUUGAGAUAAAAGUGGUCAGGAAAGAGAUCUCCCGAGCUCUACAAGGACAGAACUCCUUAGUAGUCUUCCACAAUGGGAGCCAUAGCAUGGUUAACUUCAAUGACCUUGGCAUUACUCUAGAUGCUGCAGAUCCUUCAUCAAAUAUUCUUCGGAAGGUACUGUGGACAUUCCAAGGAAGGCUUCGUGCCAUCAAUGCACGUAAGGAAAUACAGGGAACUGAGGCAGUGGACACUUCAUAUCUGUACCUUGGUUCAAUUUUUUCUAAGGAAAACUCUGAUUUAUCCCACAGGGUUGAAAUACUGCGUGAAGAAGCUACAAAAAUAGCACAAUACACGAAUAAGCUUAUGGUCACUAGGGAAAUAGCUGAAGUGUGUUGUAAGUACUUGUUAUCAUUGCAUUCCAACACUACCACCUCUCUGGACUUCAACUGGGCCAUUCAUGCAUCAAAUUAUUGGGUUUGUGAUGGGAUUCUACAAGACCUCCAGCAAGAGGAAGCAUGGGAGGUUGCCACUGCGUUGCAUGAAGAGUUGCAACUGGAGGACCACUCAACUUAUAUAACGCCCUUUUCCGGUGGUGAUACAACAUCUUGGAUUGUGGCCACAAAAGGUGUUGUACCAACAGUACAACCUGAAACGUCAUCAUUCUUUUUGGCAAUUAAGGAAAAAAAAUCGCUAGUGUCAUUACCCAAGGGCAUGUUCCAAAGAUCAGAGCAACUUCAUGUAUUGAAACUCUGCCACUGCACCUUCAACUUUUCUUCACCUCCUUUCCUUUGUUGCCGAAACAUAAGAUUCCUUGGAGUUGAUAGCUGCAAGGAUGAACCACAAGAUAAACCAGAAGAAUACAAAGAACAAGAAGAGGAAGGAAAUUUCAGACCAACAAUAGAAGGAGAAUUCUUUCAAAGCCUAUGGGUGCUAGACGUAUGCCAAACAGAUUGGGAAUUGACUUUAUCCCCAAAUGCAAUAGAGACGAUGGCAACAAACAUUAGGGAGAUACAUAUAAAGAGCGGAAGAAUAUGGCACAACAAUCUUUCGUGGACAUGUCUGGGGAACAUUCACAAGCUUCGACUGAUCAACCCUACACGUCCUUGGGAGACAGGUAAUGAGGAUGAAUUUAAGGAUAUGGUGAAGCUGGAGCUUCUUGACCUGUCAGGGAAUACCACAAUACAAUUUUUGCCAAGCUUGUCAGGUGCAGUUGGCCUCAAAACCCUUAUUCUAGAUGGUUGUAUUGAAUUGCAACAUGUUAUGCCCAAAACACUCCCUCCAACUCUUGAAACAUUUAGCUUAGACGGAGGAUCUAAACAAACUAAAAUCUCAUGUAUCUCCUUGGCUGGUUGUGCAAGAUUGGUCAAUUUCAGAUUGUGUGGGUCAGUACUGAACCUUGAGGAGCUGGAUCUCUCUAACACAUCAAUAAAAAAACUUGACCUCACUGACAAAGUGGUGCAGGUCCCAGGCCUACAGCGCAUCAUCUUGCUGGGAUGUGAGCGGCUCCGUGCUGUCUUAUGGCCAAAGCAUGGAAUGCCCAAACUAAUGGUGCUAGGCAUUGACACUCGGGGAGGCACAGAAGCAGUUAGUUCGAAAACACUACAUAACUCUUUUUUCAAUAAAGAACGAGAAGAAGGUUGCCGUGCAUUUAUUGCUAUCUCAGACAUGAGGUUCGCUGAGUCAUUGGUGCUAGCAAGUGGCAAUAAGUUUUGCUGGAACACUGAUCCUAGAUAUGAUCUGAAUAUUUGCCUGUACUCUACUAGCAAAUGUGUUGAACAAAACUAUAACAACGUGAAAAUGUGCCCUCUACAGAAGUGCAGUGUAGGUCAUGAUAGCACUAGUGUGUGGCAGUUUCUUUCACUCGACCGCCAUGUAGAGAUUUGGUGAGGGAAUAAGCAACUCGAAUGUGGUCACCGUACGUGGGAGAAGGGCUGUAAUCCUUUUGAUGAAUAGGGUAUACUCGUUGUUUGUGCAUGACAAUUCUUCCAUCAGCACCGUUAUCCCCGAGAGCAUGAUGUCAAUAGAAGUAGGGACAAGAAAGUCAAAGAUUUAUUGGUCUUGUCUCAGGUGGUGCCGUGUCGAGAGAUGCCCCAACAUUGACACUGUGUUUGCCACUAACUAUGAUAUUGUUUGCUUUAAUGAACUAGAGGCGUUUUGGGCAGCUGAUCUCUUGAUAGCGCAUUGCAUUUGGAGCAAAGGAAGAACAGUCAACAUCAAGGACACUGAAUCCUUUGCAAAACUGCAGGCUAUACAUCUCCACUCCUGUCCUAAGCUUACAUUUGUCCUUCCACUGUCAUGGUUCUAUACCCUGCCCAGCCUUGAGACUCUUCACAUCGUCUAUUGUGGUGACCUCAGUCAGGUAUUCCCUGUGGAGGCAGAGUUUCUGAACAAAUUGGGUACUGGCCAUCAAAGAGGUGUCCUGGAAUUCCCAAAGCUGCAGCACAUAUAUUUUCAUGAGCUCCCCAAGCUGCAUCAGAUAUGUGAGGCCAGGAUGUAUGCUCCUGAGCUCAAGACCAUCACAGUGAGGGGAUGCUGGAGCCUUAAGCACCUCCCAGGCACCACUGACCGCCCAUACGAUCGCCCUGUCGUGGACUGUGAGGUCGGCUGGUGGGAGAAACUCGAGUGGGAUGGGAGGGAGGCUAGCCACCACCCUUCCUUCUUUGACCCACGCUACGUCAGUUGACUAGGAGGAAGGAAGUUUCACCUUUAUCCUUUAGCUCCAACCCCAAGCAAAGCAAAGAACCAUCAGCCUUUACUUUAGUGAAAGCACUGAAAGCAGAAUCUAAAGGCAAAGCUACAUAAGAAAUGGCAUCAGAAGCUCGUUGCACAUUUGCAUCAAGCUACAACAUUGACAGUUAGCAAGCUCCUUGUGUUACAGAACUAUAGCUUCCUUUUGUCAAAUAUUAUGCGGUGUGGCACUGGCACUGGAUAGUGGAUACAUAGCUGCUCUCAAGAUAAGGGACAUCAGGCAGAACGGAUGGGUUCGGGGUCUUCAAAGUCAGAGUUUGAGGACUUUCAUGCCAAUGCGGUUGAAGAGGCUGUGAAAAACCUAGCUCCUUAUUUGGAGGACACAAGGGUGCGAAACCAGGCCAUUUACUUUGAUGGAUGGGAUGGACUUGGUGCAUCUGCUGUCCUUAACUCGAUCGCUGAACGCCCUCCGCCAUCUCUGAGGAACAAAUUUGAUGAUAUUAUUCUACACAUUGACUGUUCAAGGUGGAAAAGCCGGAGAGCACUGCAGAGGACAAUUGCACAGAAACUAGGGCUUCCUCAACAUGUCAUGGCUGUUUUUGAUAGACAAGACGAAGAGGACGAUCUAGUUGGAGUACAUGAAGGCUCAAGAACUGAGAUAAGAGACAUCGGGAGAGAGAUAUAUCGAGUCCUACAAAGACAGAGCUUCUUAGUGGUCUUCCAUAACGGGAGUGAUACCAUGGUUGACUUCAAUGACUUUGGCAUCCCUCGAGCUGCUGCAGAUCCUUGGUCAAACAUUAUCCGGAAGGUAUUGUGGACCUUCCGUGGAAGGCUUCAUGCCAUCAAAGAAACGGAGGAAGUUUCAGGUCAUCUCAAACCUGAUAAACGACAACCAAAGGGAACUGAGACCGUGGACACUUCAUAUCUUUGCUUUCGUUCGUUAUUUUCUGGAGGCCCAUCAGAUGUAUCUUCGUACAGGCUUCAAAUACUGUGUGAGGAAGCUGCAGCAAUAGCUCAAUACACGAAUAAUCCUAUAGUCACUCAGGAAAUAGCUGAAAUAUGCUGCAGGUAUUUGUUAUCAUUGAAUUCCAAGGGGAAUGGCAAGCUAGAUUUCAACUGGAGUGCUCAUGCCUCCAACUAUUGGGUUUGUGAUGGGAUUCUAAACGAAUGCCAACCAGAGCAAGCAUGGGAGAUUGCCGCUUCUCUGCACAAAGAGUUACGACUGGAGGGCUACUCAUCUGCUCGUAAGUUCUGUCAUCCUGGUGCUGACACAACAUCCUGGGUUGUAACCAUCAAAUCUAGUGAAGAUAUUGUACCAACUGUGAAGCCAGAGACAACGUCUUUCUUUUUGGCAGUCAAAAGAAAACAUGGCCAUUCGGUUUUGCCAUUACCCAUGAAAAUGUUCCAAAGAUCCGAGCAACUUCAUGUUUUGAAGCUCUACCACUGCAGCUUCAGCUUUGCUUCACCUCCAUUCCUUUGUUGCCUAAACCUAAGAUUUCUUGGACUUGAUAGCUGCACGGAUCAUCAAUCAAUGAAACCGAAAGAAAACAAAGAAGAGGAGUCGGAGGAGGCAGGGGCAGAGGGGGAGGAGGAGAAUACAGCAACAAUCGAAUUCUUUCAAAGCCUAUGGGUGCUUGACAUAUGUUGCACUGAUUGGGAAUUGACUUUAUCCCCAAAUACAAUAGUGAAAAUGGCAACAAACAUUAGGGAGAUAAACAUAAAGAGGGGAAGAAUCUGGCACAGCAGUAUUUCAUGGAGAUUUCUUGGUAACAUUCACAAGCUUCGAGUGAUUGAGCCUACAAGUCCUUGGGAGACAAGUAAUAAGGAUGAAUUUAUGGACAUGGUGAAGCUGGAGCUUCUUGACCUGUCAGGGAAUACCACAAUACAAUUUUUGCCAAGCUUGUCAGGUGCAAUCAGCCUCAGAACCCUUAUUCUAGAUGGUUGUAUUGAAUUGCAACAUGUUGUGCCUGAAACACUCCCUCCAUGGCUUGAAACAUUUAGCUUUGAUGGAGGAUAUAAACAAGCUAAAAUCUCAUGUAUCUCCUUGGCUGGUUGUGCAAGACUGGUCAACUUCAGAUUGUGUGGGUCAGUACAGAACCUUGAGGAGCUGGACCUCUCAAACACAUCAAUCAAAACACUUGACCUCAGUGAUAAAGUGGUGCAGGUCCCAUGCCUAGAGCGCAUCAUCUUGCUGGGAUGUGAGCGGCUUCGUGCUGUCCUGUGGCCAAAGGAUGGAAUGCCCAAUCUAAUGGUGCUAGGCAUUGACACUCGGGGAGGCGCAGAAGCAGCUAGUGCAAAAACAGUACAUGAUAACUUUGCCAUCAGUAAAGAACGAGAAGAAGGUUGUCGUGCAUUUGUUGCUGUUAUGGAAAUGAGGUUCCUUCAGUCGUUGGUGCUAGCAAGUUCCAAUAAACUUUGCUGGGACACUGACCGUAAGUAUGAUCUUAACAUCUGCUUGUCUUCCUCUAGGAGUAGCAGCAAAGGUGUUGGACAACACAGCUACAAGGAGGAGACGAUGGGCCCUCUGCAGAAGUCGAUGAUCACCUCCAAGACUUACCUGACCUACAGCGAUGUGAAUAUUGACAAGGCAGGUAGUGUGAGGCAGUUUCAGCCACUGCACCGUCAUGUAGAGAUUGGUGAGGGAAUAAGCAACUCUAGCAUGGUAACCGUUCGUGAAAUCAGCGCUGCGAUCCUUUUGAUAAAUAGGGUCUACUCAUUGCUCGUGCAUGACAAUUCAUCCAUCAGGACUGUUAUCCCUGAAAGCAUAAUGUCUAUAGACACGAAGAAGGUCUAUUGGUCUUGUCUCAGGUGGUGCUGUGUCGAGAGAUGCCCCAGUUUGGACAGUGUCUUCGCCACUAACUACGAUGCCGUCUGCUUUAAUGCUCUAGAGACCUUCUGGGCAGCUGAUCUCUUGGUGGCCCGAUGUAUCUGGAGUAAAGGAAGAACAACUAAUGUGAAGGACACCGAAUCCUUCGCUAAACUGCAGGCUAUACAUCUCCACUCCUGUCCUAGGCUGGCAUUUGUCCUCCCACUAUCGUGGUUCUACACCCUGUCCAGCCUUGAGACCCUUCACAUCGUCUAUUGUGAUAACCUUGGUCAGGUUUUCCCCGUAGAGGCAGAGUUCUUAAACGAAAUAUCUACUGGCCAUCCAGGAGGUUUGUUGGAAUUCCCAAAGCUGAAGCACAUCUGGCUACAGGAGCUACCCAAGCUGCAGCAGAUAUGUGAAGCCAAGAUGUUUGCUCCGGAGCUCAGGACCAUCACCUUAAGAGGAUGCUGGAGCCUUAAGCGCCUCCCCGCUACCGCCGACCGCCCAGGUGAUCGCCCUGUCGUGGACUGCGAGAAGAAUUUGUGGGCGAAGCUGGAGUGGGACGGGAAGGAGGCUGGCCACCACCCUUGUCUCUUCGAGCCACGCCACUCCAAGUACCACAAGAAGAGAGUUCUUAGAACCACGCUUCUCCGAUGAGCCAAACUGACCCUGGUAGGUAAGAAUAAAUAUAUAGCUUCCUGUUGUUUUUUCCGUUUCACGUUGGAUUGUGUAUCAUAUGCAAUACCAUAAUCCAUAAUCUACUGUACUGCCGCCAUGGAACAUCUUUUAGCUAUCCUGCAUGCUGUUAGAGAUGGAACUAAGAACAAAUACUUAUACACACAUUGUUAGAUGUGUUGUGAUCGGCUUAUGGUCUUCCUGAGCUGCACAAGUUUGUAUUUUCCUUUUGUUUAUCUCGUUAGUUAAUCAUUUACAUUAUCAAUUAUGUAAGUUUAAUUUGGUGCUGUGCUGGAUUGAAGGC